AUGGCUCAGGUGGGAGGAGUCCAUUUUGCCCAGCCCCCUGGUCUUAUGCAGCUGUUCAGCAUCCCCGUGCAAAUUACACUCCAGGGCGGCUGGAGACGCCAGGGGAGGACAGCCUUUUCUACCUCAGGGAGGAAGAGAAACAUAGACCACAAUGACGGAGACCCGCCAGAUGUGCACAGGAAGCUGCCAUCCAGUGGUGCAGAGGACCGAGCCAUGCUGCUAGGGUUUGCAAUGAUAGGCUUCUCUGUCCUAAUGUUCUUCUUGCUUGGAAUAACCAUUCUAAAGCCCUUCAUGCUCAGCACCCAGAGAGAAGAAUCUAACUGCACUAUCAUCCAUACGCACAUCUUGGACGACUGGAUGGACUCUUUCACCUGUGGUGUGGACUGCCGAUGUCAGGGCAAGUACCCGUGUCUGCAGGUGUUUGUGAACCUCGACCCUUCAGGUCAGAAAGUGCUCCCACAUUAUAAUGAAGAGGCUGUCCAGAUAAAUUCCAAGUGCUCCUAUACACCUAAGUGCCACUGGGAUAGAAAUGAUUUGCUCGACAGUGCUCUGAACAUAGAGGAAUUCUUUGAUCCAAAUGGGACCCCCUUUUCAUGCUUCCACACUCCAGACAGCCAAUCCGAAGACGUCAUUCUCAUAAAAAACAUGACCAGGGCUUCCCUGGUGGUGCAGUGGUUGAGAAUCUGCCUGCCAAUGUAGGGCACACGGGUUCGAGCCCUGGUCUGGGAAGAUCCCACAUGCCGCGGAGCAACUAAGCCCGUGAGCCACAAUUACUGAGCCUGCGUGUCUGGAGCCUGUGCUCCGCAGCAAGAGAGGCCGCGAUGGUGAGAGGCCCGCGCACCGCGAUGAAGAUUGGCCCCCACUUGCCGCAACUGGAGAAAGCCCUCGCACAGAAACGAAGACCCAACACAGCCAUAAAUAUAAAAAUAAAUAAAUAAAUAAAAAAUUAAAAAAAAAAACAAAACAUGACCAAAUGGUUAUCUUCCACGGUUUAUUUUGGCCUUCAUGUCUGAUAGAUGGCGCCCUGACAGUUGGCAUGGUGAGAUUAACACAAUGCCCGUCCCUCUGAUGUGAAGAAUACAGCACUGCGCUCAGAGACGAGGCAAGUGACAAAGUUCCUUACAUGGCACCGCAGCAAUUCAGACUGUGGCGUGCUGGGAGGAGCAAAGGAAGGAGCAGAGAACUCUUAAGCUGGUGGCCAAAUUAAAGUCCGGGCCUUCAGAUACCUGCAAUUUCUGCACUUGAGGACCUAAUUAUGCCUGCUUGCAAACUAACCAUGUAGAAGCAAGGUAUGACAUUUCAUGUGGGAAAGACAAAUCUCAUUAAGAAGUCUCAUUAUGUAUUUAUUUAUUCUAUAAAUACAUAUAAAUUCACUAUGUUUUUUUUACUCCAAAUCUCUUCACGUCAGCCAGGGAAGCACUCUUUGUUUCCACAGGGCAAACUGAGCUCGCAGUCACUGUGCUUCCUCUAGUAUCAGCUCUAGCUAGAACUCGUCAUCGUGGAAAUAAACGAUGAGGGUUUCUAACCUACUGAGCACGGAACAGCCAGUCUAGUUCUAUGCAACAUAGUUCACAUUAAAACAUUUCUCAAAGAAGUCUUAGUGAAGAGCAGUUCAUUCACUGUAGGAAGAUAAUAAUCUGAUAAUUUCAGAAAAUGUGGACCUACUGUUUUACCUCACCAUCCAUGAGAAAGGAGGAAAGCCGCUGCCUAGGAAAUUCACUAAGCUUAGCCUUAUUUGUACUUAACCUUGCCGUGUACCAUGUGAUUUUUCUUUGAGCGACAAGUUUUUCUCAUUAUGCUUUCCGUAAGCGCAUUUUGUUCUUCGUGUACAUUCUGGAGGGAGUGGGAGAGAUAGCUAGAAAUGUGUUAUGAAGUAGGGAGAAGCUGUACUGGAUGGAAUUUAACAUUCACCUCAGGUAAUCCACAUCACAAAGAAGUCCCACAUGGAUAGUCAACAAUUGUCCGUACUUUAAUUAAUGAAUCAACCAUGGUUAUUAAAUACUGUCACAAGACUCUCCCAACAAGUGCUUUCCAGGUUAAGCUGAAUAUGAGUUGAAAACAGAGUUCGUUCUGAAACCAGUGUUCCUCAAAGUAUCUUUACAAUUUUACUAAAAAAAUUGUACAUCAUGGACAAUAGAAUGACUUUUGAAACAACUUUUAUACGUAGAUGUAAUCAAAACAGAAACUUUGACUCUAAGCCAAUUUAAUUCCUUUUAGCAAAUAAGUGCAAGUCACACAUUAUUAAAUAAACUGAAUAAUAGAGCACUAUUGACUUCACCAGCAGUGAACAAUUUUGGUGUUUUCUCCUCUUUCUAGUGUGGAAUAGUGGAGAGAACAUGUAUCUAUCUCAGAGUACCAUUUUUUUGCAUUUGUAGGCCAUAAUUACAACUUUUCAGAUAUGUAUCCUUGGGCAACUCAGCUGAACAGUUUGAGCCACUCUUAUCUAUAAAAUGGGGGAUGAUCUCUUCUUUCAUGAGGUUAUUUUUAGGGAAGAAACAAGGAAGAGUAUGUAAAACACCUAGCUUAGUUUCUGGUACGUAGUAGAGGUGCUCAAAAAUGUUAGUAGGUAACAAAACUUUUGCUAAGUUUCAGUUUUCAGUCAGCCUUAUCCCUCUUCUGGGUAUAUACCCAAAGGAAAUGAAAUCAGUACCUCCAAGAAAUAUCUGCAUUCCCAUGUUCACUGCAGCUCUAUUCACAACAGCCAAGAUAUGGAAACAACCUAAGUGUCCAUCAACAGAUGAAUAAAUUGUUAUAUAUAUAUAUAUAUAAAAUGUGUGUAUAAAUACACGCAAUGGAAUAUUUUUCAGCCUUAAAAAAAAGGAGAUCCUGCCAUUUGUAACAACAUGGAUGAACCUGGAGGGCAUUGUGCUAAGUAAAAUAAUUCAGACACAGAAAGGAAAAAACUGCAUUUCACUUAUAUGUAGAAUCUAAAAAAGUCAAAUACAUAGAAAGCAGAGAGCAGAAUGCUGGUUACCAGGGGUGGGGAGGUGGGGGAAAUUGGGGAGAUGUUGGUUAAAGGGUACAAACUUUGUUACAAGAUGAAUAAAUGUCGAGAUCUAAUUUACAGCAUGAUGACUAUAGUUAAUAAUACUGUAUUGAAUACUGGAAAUUUGCUAAGAGAAUAGAGUUUAGGUGCUCUCAUCACGCACACACACAAAAGGUAACUAUGUGAGGAGAUGAUACGUUAAUUGGCUUGACUGUAGCAAUCAUUUCACUAUGUAUACGUAUAUCAAAUCAUCAUAUUGUAAACCUUAAGUAUACACAAUUCUUAUUAAAAAUAAAUUCAUUCGGUCUUGGUACCUUUUGUUGGACAGCUGGGUAUAGGGGCUGGGGUAGGGAGCUGCAGGAAAGGAUUCCUCCCCACCUUCUCUUGGCUAAAUAUCAUAUGCAUUUAAGGUCCAGAACAUGCUGUUUAAAAGGUCGUAAUAAAUUAUUUUGUAUGCCAAAGACUUCCCCGUAAUAAAAUAUAUGUAUGCGUACACACUUUAAAUCAUUCUGUAAAUUGAGAUUCUCUAGAUUUCUUAAAUUAAGGGCACAUAUCUAUUCCAUUUCUUAGUAAGUUUGACACCCAUCUAACAAUAUGCAGUUCUUUGGAUUUUUCUUCUAAAAAAUUCAAAACAGUCUGAAACCUGAAGUGUAUGAAAGUGUGAAACCUAAAGUGUUUCAAAUACUACAAUUUUCCAUUUAUAUAGUGGCUACUUGGUUCAUCUCAGGAAAGAGGGACAUUAUGCUUGAAGAACAAAGUCAGUUUACAACAAUGUUAACUCAGUCACUCUAACCAUAUGGCAGAUAAACAAAAUUUUAGCAAUUAUUUGCUGUGAAUUGCUUAGAAGUACUAAAUAUCAAUGCCCAUGUGCAUUACUGGUCCAAGAAAAGCCCAGACUUACCUUUUGCAAGGUUUUUGAUAGCUGAAUGCAAAACCAGUUUGCUUCUAGCCGAACUUCACUUUUAGGUUCUAGUCAUCAACUGACUUGGGAAAAAGUCUGUCCACACAUACAAACACAUUCAUACAUGUAUGUGUACACAUAUAUUUCUGCUUAAAAUACAAGCACAUAAUUCUUCAUGCUUAAAGGAAGUCAGUUAAUAUUUAAACAGGUAUUUCUCUAAUAUUCAUCACUUUGCUGGGACAGAAAAAUUGGCUUUUAAGGCAUAAUAGUUUCAGGUUUUUAGUCAACUAUACUUAGUCAUUAUUGACAAGAACUCAAAUUCAGCUAAAUUUUGAUUAUUAGCAAUACUGGUUUGCUGUUAAGUAUUAAAAAGAAGUGGCAAAAUAUAAUUAUCACAGUUUUUUGUUUAACAUAUAGUACACUAAGGAUUGUUUGGACACAAGUCAAAGUAAUAUUUUUUUUUAAUAAACAGCGUGACGUUACAGACUGCAAAGUUAAAGUAAAGCAGACAUUGACAGUUUCUGAUGAGCACAAACAGUAAGUGCAGUCACAGGCCAAACUUCUUGCCAGGAACAGCAAGACUGGGGAGAGGUCUUAAAUUUAGUGACACUGUAUUAUUCUAUAUUCUCAGUACAAUAACACAUGCACUUGCUGUGCCAAAUACUUUUUGGGCCAUCAUUAAAAGAACAUUUAAAAACAUUUUCCUCCUAACUAAUGCAGUAUACCACAGGACUCCAACUCAUUGAAUGACAAAAUAUAGUGAAAUAGAUUUGCUACAAUAAAUCGGGCUAAAGAGGGUGAUGGGAACUCCUUUUUGAAGCUUCCAAAGUCAACAUUUGAUGUAUCAGUAGUCUAAUUUUGGUAGUGCCACAUUCCCAAGAUGUUAAAGUGUUACGUUCUAAAAGCAUACAUUCUUUUAGAUUUUAUUCAAUCCAAUAAAGUCUGAGGACUGAGUCACAUUGAAACCAUUAACUGCAUUUGAAACUUUGGUUCCAUA